AUGCUUCUGCGGCCACCCGUUGUCGUCCGUUUCUUCGGCGCAGCGGCCUCUUCUGCUCGUGCCGGACCCUCUCGGUCAUACCGAUCCGCCCACCUAUUCCAUGCGACCUCGACGACGCGCAAGCCGCUCACCAUCCUUGCACUCGAGUCCUCAGCGGACGACUCGUGCUGUGCCAUUGUCGAUUCCGAGCGCAAGAUCCACGCCAACGUGGUCCUGAAGCAGCACCACAUCAACGCGACACAGGGCGGCAUCAACCCCAUCCGCGCCCAGGAGGCGCACGAGCGCAAUGUACCGUUGGCCAUUCGGCAAGCUCUAAAGACGGCGAAUAUGACGAUCGGCGACAUCGAUGCGGUAGCGUACACGAGAGGACCGGGGAUGUACGGUUGCCUGUGUAUCAGCGCAUCGGCGGCGAGGGGCAUCGCAGCGGCGAACGACAAGCCCCUAGUCGGCGUGCACCACAUGCAGGCGCAUGCGCUGACUCCGCUGCUGACGGAGGAGAAGCCGCCAGAGUUUCCCUUCCUCGUCCUCCUCGUCAGUGGAGGUCACACGCAGCUCUAUUGGGUAAGCCUGGUCAGAGUCUUCAUUCAGCAAGCUGACAGCAGCGAUGCAACGGACAAAAUUGGCCGCGCGCUGCAGUUACCAGACGGCGACCGCGGACUCGGCGCGGCACUCGAGAAAAUGGCGGCUAAGCCGCCGUUACCGCCCUUCGACAUGCAGCCCGUGCCACCCAUGCCCCUCCCGAUGCAGCGGCAGAAGGACACGCUGGCGUUCUCGUUUGCCGGCGUGCUGUCCGCCGUGGAGAGGAAAAUUGCCGAGCUCGGCGAUCCCGCCGUGUACGACGAGGCGAGGGCGAGGGAGCUCUCCCGUGUCUGGCAGGAACUCGCAUUCGGACACCUCGGCAACAUGAUCGGGCGGUAUCUCGACUCGGACGUUGCGAAAGCGGACGGAGACCCAGUCAAGGGGCUUGUCAUCAGCGGCGGUGUCGGAAGCAAUCUCCAACUGCGGAAGACACUCGCAGACCUCCUCGCCCCCCGCGGCAUCGAGGUGGCCUAUCCCCCCGUAGCGCUGUGCACCGACAACGCAGCCAUGAUAGCGUGGACGGCGAUCCUGCGCCUCCAAAACGGGCUGAGAGGGGAGGAGCCCACGCUCGACAUUCGGCGCAAGUGGUCCCUCGAGGAUCUGUACAACGACGUGCCGCCAGAAGCGUACGAGACGGUCGAAAAGGAAUAG